CCGCUCCCCCGUAUCUUAUUUAUGAACACAAACAGAAUAUAUGUUUAUCUGGAGACAGGCAGCUCCACAGAAAAGGUGGUCUAAAGAGGAAACUGUUUGUCUGUGUUGCUAUCUACACUUCUCUGCAUCGUUGUCUAGAAAGUGAUGGAGACACCAAUGGCUGUUGAGGAUCUACAGAGAGGGAGGGAAGUUGAGUCUAGAGAGAACUUGCACUCUGAAGAGGACUAUAUGGAGGAGGCACAUUCUGCGGAGAGCAGCCUAAUGGCAGCACUAACCCACCAUGAGAGAAGCUUGUACGGUAACGGAUUUGCGGUUCAAGCACACAUCACUGAGGUAGUACGCCCCGUGGAGAGGUGUGUGGAAUAUACCUUUGUCCAGGUGCAGGGGAACAUGGACAGUGUGGGGCUGCUCUUUGAGGAGUGCAUCAAGAAGGUGGGCCAUCUAGAAAGUCAAAGGGAUGAAUUGGUACUGGAGCUGUUGCAGCUAGAGCAGCCCAUGCUGCAAGCUACUGUGGCCUUGAGAGGACAGUUGUUAGAGGCACGUAGAGUUCUCACCAGUGUCCAGUUGGAGUUUAUUCAUCUGCAAAUAGAGGUCGGACAGGUGAAGAGUAAGCUGUUUGUCACAGCCAGGGACUGUAUCCAGAGCCAGCUGGCGCUGGCUGCACAGCAGUAUGAGGUGGCCCAGGCUGCAGUCACACAGGAGGAGCUCCAGGCCCAUGUCCAGAAUCUUACCGAGGAGGUAGCCCAGCUUCAGGAAGCCCAGCACAACCAGCUGAACACCCUAAAGGACCAGGCCAGACAACCAUCCCGCCCCCGGGCUAUGAGCGAUGUCACCCACUGCCGACGAGCAUCCUUUGACCUGCAGCAGCGCCUCAGUGGCAGCAUGAGGAAUCUAGAAGGCUGGUACGAGCCACGCCUGCUAGCCCUCCUCCGGAGGAGGCAGGCUGGGGAGGAAACCCUGAGGAGGAGCAGGGAUGUGGGCCAGGACCUUAAGGCCAGACUGGGGCCCCUGAAGGAGCAGACCCAGAGGCUGGAGCUGCAGAGAGCUUGUCUAGAGGAGAGAAUUGCUCUGAUAGAGAGGGAGAGGGUGGAGAGAGUGGCGCAGUAUAAGGAGACUGUGGACUCGCUUGAGGAGACCAUGAGGAAGCUGAAGCUGGAGCUUUGCAUUCAGAAAAAGGCAAACAGACAAUUGGAAGAAUUGAAGAAGGGACUUUUGAGUGAGCUGAACUAUGACAGGGGCUGUAUUGAAGUGAGUGAAACAACUGCUGAAAGGGAGUCCUAACUUUUCCAUACUUAUCAAUGGAAGUAGAAAAGUUAACAAAAUAUCCAGAACGCCUCAGACCUUGAUGGUGCAUUUAGCCAAUGUCAGUUAUUGGUAUACUUA